UGUCCUCAUCAUGCACCGUUGCCAAACAAAAAAGCCACGUUGACGAACUGGACUGAAGUCUACUGCUGCUGUUUUUCCCAGAAAAAAUAGAUCUAAACGAGCGUUUUUCAUUCCUUCGAAAUAUAGAAAGAUUACAGAUGUCUUCGCCUCCGAAGGAAAAAAUCGAGACCAAAGGAGGACACCUCCCGGCUGUGAAGGCAGGGGGGAUGAGGAUAGUGCAGAAGCACCAGGGAGCAGCUCCACCUGAGCCGCCACCUGUCAAGGACAAGGAAGACGAGGAGUUUGUGGAGGAGCCUAGCCCACCAAAGCCCACUGUGGUCGUGUCAGGAGUGGUUACAAAGGGUGAUAAGGACUUCACCCCAGCGGCAGCCCAGGUAGCUCACCAGAAGCCCCAGCCGUCUGUCAGCAAGAUGCCCCAAAACCAGCACCUCACCCAGCAAAUCCACCAGCCCCGCAAGUGAGGCUACCGCCAAGCUUACCUUCCCUCCGCUAACUCUGCCACAGUUGGCCCCACAAGGCGCCAGCAAUCUUCCCAGACACAGCUCUACAGUCAGUUUUGUGUUUACCCCCCUCCAAUGGUUAAGUAAGGAUUUGAAGAGGCGAAACUGAUCCUAAAUCUGUGACUAAGGGCAAGCCAAUGCAACGCAUCAUCAAUGAACCACAUCAGCCAACCUAUCACAGCAGCCUACCGACCAACCCAAUAACCACAAACCAAUCAAAGAACUGAACAACCAAUCAAUUAAGCAUGCAACCAAUUACCAUAAGUGCUCAGGUUACCAGGGAAUCCCCUGUUAAGCAUUCCAUGUGAUCCCACUCAUACUUGGGUCAUUAUACUGAACAGAAAUAUAAACGCAACAAUUUCAAAGAUUUACUGAGUUACAGUUCAUAAACUCAGGAAAAAAAGAAACGUCCUCGCACUGUCAACUGCGUUUUAUUUUCAGCAAACUUAACGUGUAAAUAUUUGUCUGAACGUAACAAGAUUCAACUGAGACAUAAACUGAACAAGUUCCACAGACAUGUGGGGGGUUCAAAGGGGGGGUCAAAAUCAAAAGUAAGUCAGUAUCUGGUGUGGCCACCAGCUGCAUUAAGUACUGCAGUGCAUCUCCUCAUGGACUGCACCAGAUUUGCCAGUUCUUGCUGUGAGAUGUUACCCCACUCUUCCAUGAAGGCAACUGCAAGUUCCCGGACAUUUCUGGGGGAAAUGGCCCUAGCCCUCACCCUCCAAUCAAACAGGUCCCAGACGUGCUCAAUGGGAUUGAGAUUCGGGCUCUUCGCUGGCCAUGGCAGAACACUGACAUUCCUGUCUUGCAGAAAAUCACGCACAGAACGAGCAGUAUGGCUGGUGGCAUUGUCAUGCUGGAGCGUCAUGUCAGGAUGAGCCUGCAGGAGGGGUAACACAUGAGGGAGGAGGAUGUCUUCCCUGUAACACACAGCGUUGAGAUUGCCUGCAAUGACAACAAGCUCAGUCCGAUGAUGCUGUGACACACCACCCCAGACCAUGACAGACCCUCCACCUCCAAAUCGAACCCGCUCCAGAGUACAGGCCUCUGUGUAACGCUCAUUCCUUCGACAAUAAACGCGAAUCCGACCAUCACCUCUGGUGAGACAAAACCGCGACUCGUCAGUGAGAGAACUUUUUGUCAGUCCUGUCUGGUCCAGCGACGGUGUUUCUGGUGAGGACCUGCCUUACAACAGGCUAUAAGACCUGUGCAUGUGUUGUUACACGUGGUCUGCCACUGCGAGGACGAUCAGCUGUCCGUCCUGUCUCCCUGUAGCGCUGUCUUAGGCGUCUCACAGUACGGACAUUGCAAUUUAUUUCCCUGGCCACAUCUGCAGUCCUCAUGCCUCCUUGCAGCAUGCCUAAUGCACGUUCACACAGAUGAGCAGAGACCCUGGGCAUCCUUCUUAUGGUGUUUUUCAGAGUCAGUAGAAAGGCCUCUUUUAGUGUCCUAAAUUUUCAUAACUCUGACCUUAAUUGCCUACCGUCUGUAAGCUGUUAGUGUCUUAACGACCGUUCCACAGGUGCAUGUUCAUUAAUUGUUUAUGGUUCAUUGAACAAGCAUGGGAAACAGUGUUUAAACCCUUUACAAUGAAGAUCUGUGAAAUUAUUUGGAUUUUCACGAAUUAUCUUAGAAAACCAGGGUCCUGAAAAAGGGACAUUUCUUUUUUUGCUGGGUUUAUAAAGACAUCAGUCAAUAGAAAUAAAUAAAUUAGGACCUAAUCUAUGGAUUUCACAUGACUGGGCAGGGGUGUAGCCAUGGGGAGCCAGGCCUAGCCAAUUAGAAUGAGAUUUUCCCAAAAAAAGGCUUUAUUACAGUCAGAAAUACUCCUCAGCACCCCCCAGGUGAAGAAGCCGGAUGUUGAGGUCCUGGGCAGGACUGGUUACACGUGGUCUGCGGUUGUGAGGACGGUUGGACAGACUGCCAACUUCUCUAAAACAACAUUGAAGGCAGCUUAUGGUAGAGAAAUGAACAUUCAAUUCUCUGGCAACAGCUCUGGUGGAUAUUCCUGCAGUCAGCAUGCCAAUAUCACGCUCCCUAAAAACUAGAGACAUCUGUGGCAUUGUGUUGUGUGACAACUGCACAUUUUAAAGUGGCCUUUUAUUGUCCCCAGCACAAGGUGCACCUGUGUAAUGAUCAGGCUGUUUAAUCAGCUUCUUGAUAUGCCACCCCUGUCUGGUGGCUGGAUUAUCUUGGUAAAGGAGAAAUGCUUACUAACAGGGGUGGAAACAAAUUUUUGCACAAAAUAUGAGCAAAAUUGUAUUUUUUUUUAGCUAAUGAGACAUGGGACCAAAACUUUACAUGUUGCGUUUAUAUUUUUGUUCAGUGUAGUUCUAAGGGAAAUGUCAUAGAACACACACACAAUACACUUGAAAUGAAGGAGUGGUAAUUAAUGUCAACACCACAUUUCAGGGUUCCAUGGAAAUACAUUUAGGCAAGGAGUAAUUUCCUAAGUUUAUUUAAUAAAGUUUAAAAUUCUAUAUUUUUAUUUUACUCAGUUUGUUUCUUGAGUAAAGUCCUUAGUCGGUGAGUGGACUUAAGCAUUAGGUGUGGUUGUCAUUAAAGAUUUAACUUUAAAA